CACCCGGCGCUGUGCUGCGCGGUAUUAUGUCGGACCUGGCUGUUCAAUCGAAGGGGCUCGUUGGAGUCUACGGGAAAAGUUUUCAGGCCAGGAACCUUUGACGAACAGGCAUCGGUCGCCCUAGCAUAUAGCCUGCCAUGCCCGCCAUCUCCAUCUCCACCUUUGCCCAGUCCCAGCAACACCUUCUCCUCCUCGAGCACGAAGCAGAGAUAGCCUCUUCAGCGCUCGCCUCGUCUGCAGGCAGCACUAACUCGAGCUUAUCUUUUGUGUCCCCCGCGACACGGCGCGCUCUGCAGGCUGCCGGGCAUGCCUUGACGGCCUUGGUGCUUGUGAAUUGUCGGACGGGGAUGGGCGGGAGAGAGGUUGGUGAAUUCGGCGUUGAUGCGGCGCUGAAGAGUGCAAAGGGAAAGAAGACAGGUGAAGGUGCUCUCCCUACUGGUAAUGGCGAUGGCGCAAGAGAGAGUCUGCCGGCCCAUGGAAUCCGAGUCGGAGAUGUAGUGAGGGUAGAGCCCAUUGUCUCCGGCGCACGAGGUGGCUCUGGGAGCAAGGCUGGAAAAGGGAAGGUAGGGAAGGACGAUGCAGAUGUUACGAAGGGCCUAGAGGGUGUGGUCACCAAGAUUGGAGAGAGGAGCGUCUGGGUGGCAUUUGAUGAGCGUGGUCGACCAGGAAAGCAAGAUGAUGACGGCGCUGCUGGCCUGUGGGGGCAGAAACUUUGGCUGGUAAAAUUGGCAAAUGACAUUACAUACCGCCGGAUGAAGCAGACAAUGGUCAGGAUGGAAAAGAUGGCUGAAUCAGAACACAGUUCUUUCAUGCGAGUUCUCUUCGGCCACACCACGCCCUCGCCUCCCGACUGGUCAUCCGCUUCCUCCCUUGACUUCAUAGACCCAAGCCUGAACGAUUCGCAAAAAGAGGCAAUCCGCUUUGCCCUGGCGUCCCGCGAAAUCGCGCUCAUACACGGUCCUCCCGGAACUGGUAAGACGCACACCCUAAUUGAAUUAAUCCUCCAACUCCUCCGCCGAAACUUGCGUAUCCUCGUUUGCGGGCCGUCAAAUAUAUCGGUGGACAACAUCGUUGAGCGUUUGGCACCGCAUAAAAUUCCUCUGGUGCGGAUCGGACAUCCUGCGCGGUUGUUAUCAUCGGUUGUGGAUCAUUCGCUGGAAGCCCUCACGCAGACUUCCGACGCUGCGGCUAUUGUGAAGGAUGUACGACGGGAGAUCGACGAGAAGCAAGCCAGUAUUCGGAAGACAAGGAGCGGGAGGGAGAGGAGGGAGAUUUAUAAGGAUCUAAAGGAACUGCGAAAAGAAUUUCGAGAACGAGAGGCCAGAUGUGUUGACCAUCUUGUUACGGAGAGCAAGGUGGUAUUAGCCACAUUGCACGGAGCCGGUGGGCAUCAGCUGAAAAACCAGAAGUUCGACGUUGUGCUCAUUGAUGAGGCUAGUCAGGCCCUGGAGGCGCAGUGUUGGGUGCCUCUGCUGUCAGCUUCAAAGGCGAUACUUGCUGGUGAUCACCUGCAGCUCCCUCCGACAAUUAAAUCAACAACGACAAAUACGCCGUCGGGUUCUUCUAGGAAACUUAAAUCAUCCAACGCAAUCCAAAGCGGGGCAGACGAUCUAACAAUCUCAAGCCUCUCAAUAACCUCGCUUGAAACCACUCUCUUCGAUCGCCUCCUUUCCCUCCACGGUCCUACUAUCAAGCGCAUGCUCACCACUCAAUAUCGCAUGCACGAGAAGAUCAUGUCAUUCCCCUCAUGCGAGCUCUACGAGUCUAAACUCAUCGCCGCAGACCAUGUCAAAGCUCGACUUCUCAAAGACCUACCGUGCGACAUCCAAGAUACGGACGAUACCUGCGAACCACUUGUCUUCUAUGACACGCAGGGCGGGGAAUUUCCCGAGCGCAUUGAAGACGGCGAGCUUCUGCUAGCAGACAGCAAGAGCAAUGAUCUUGAAGCUGCAGUUGUGGCGAGGCACGUUCAAAACCUAAUCGCCGCUGGCUUGCGAGAGGAGGAUAUCGCAGUGAUCACACCGUAUAAUGCGCAAGUAGCGCUCUUGGCACAACUUUUAAGAGAGAGGCAUCCUGGAUUGGAGAUUGGGAGUGUCGAUGGAUUUCAAGGUCGGGAGAAAGAAGCGGUGGUUGUGAGCCUUGUGAGAAGCAACGCAGAGCGGGAGGUCGGGUUCUUGGGCGAGAAGAGAAGGCUGAACGUUGCUAUGACUCGUCCACGAAAACAUUUGUGCGUGUGUGGGGAUUCUGAGACUAUCAGCCGCGGGAGUCCAUUCCUCAAACGGUGGAUGGAUUAUUUAGAAGAAAAUUCCGAUCUGCGGUAUCCCGAUGCUGCCGAAUACAUGCAAACGGCUUGAGCUACAUGUCAGAAAAUGGCGGUCUAGGAUUGGCAUGAUGGCCGGUUGCUCCAACCAGGCUGCAGUCGUCUUCAGAAAGAAAAGAAGAAAAUCCGUACGCAGUCGUAAUCAAGCACCACCGUUCCUCCUUUUGGCCUUUUUUCCUUAAGAAAGAAAUAACUGCUCGGGUUAGCCGCUAUUUAUGCCCGUUUCAGAGCUGUUUA